UUCUUACGGCAGGUCAAGCUCAGGUAGCUCUGAAAAGAAGCUGAUCGUGUUUGUGCCAAUCGUGAAGCUGCAGGAGGAACAUUCAGAAGCUUCUCAGGGAACCGCUCGCAGACACUCACCCAGCCGGGAGCAGAGACGCAGCAUGGAGAAUUCCUUUAAGGUUCUUCUCGUAGUCACGUUGGCCGCCAUGGUCCAUGGCCGACCUGUAGCCCAAACCUUUCUUGAAGACCACCCAUUGCAAUUUAUAGCUGAGGCUGUGGAUUUCUACAAUGGAGAAUCCCAUUCUGACGUGGUGUUUGCGCUCUACAAGGAUGAGUAUGAGUACAAGGUGGGCCCCAAAGGGCAAAAACAAGUGAAUUUCACCAUUAAAGAAACGGUUUGUCUGAAAUCGGAAAAUAGAACAAUCGGAAAUUGUGAAUUUAAACUUUAUGGGCUGGAGAAGAAGUGUAUCGCAUUAAAGAACAACCAGGAGAAGAGAUAUUCGGUCGUCUGCUCCACCAUUUCUCCAGAGACAAAGAAAGACCCGGGGAGCGGAUUCAUGGAAAAGCCCGGAAGCCAAGCAUAUGACUAUACCGACCAACCAGAAGAUGAGGUCUAUUAUGAGGACCACGUCAUAAUCAUGGAUGACAACGAGAAGAUCUUUCUAGAAGAAGACGGAGAAGAUAAAAAAAUCAUAGAUGAAUUACUGGCAUCAAAAACUGAAGAUACUCACGGCGAACGUCCUGCGCCAGAACCCACCAGGAGGAGGACGCAGCCAGGACAGUUUCUUGGAAGAUUUCUUUGCUUUGAAUGUUUCUUUGAAUUACUACCGAAAAAGUAAGAUGGCGCCUCCUCCACAUACAACACAUUAUUAUCAGUCGUAGGUUACAUGGAGUCAUUUCUUGGACCAGUCUCUUAGAUGUCCAUUGUCCACCAUUUUUAAUAAACAGAUUUAACAUCCUGAACUGAUUCG